CGCGCCUGGUUUCAGUGAAACGAUACUUGAAAUUUACUAAUCAGUUUCAUUCAUACAUGUAUCAGCAGAGUGUUUCCCCAACAAUGUUAAGGUUAUCAGCGGUGUUAUUCGUUUCUAUCGUUUUAUUUGUGAUAAAUGCAAGUCCAGUAUAUGAAAACCGUAACAAGCCUUUCCAAUUAUCGGUGGUACAUUUCAAUGAUUUUCACGCCAGAUUUGAACAAACCAGUAGCGAUGGAGGCUCAUGUUCAAACAUGGACAAAUGCAUUGGUGGAUUCUCCAGGUUGUACAAACAGAUAAUGACGAUGCUGGAAGACAACCCCAAUUAUUUGUUACUGAAUGCUGGUGAUAACUUUCAAGGCACUCUUUGGUACAACGUUGGAAAAUGGAAUGUCACCCAAGAGUUCAUGAACAAGCUACCGAUUGACGCAGAAGUAUUGGGAAAUCAUGAAUUUGAUGAUGGAAUCAAAGGAAUUGUUCCUUAUAUAAAAGCCUUGAAACAUCCGAUUGUUGUUUCGAAUAUUGACGAUAGUUUGGAACCUGACAUUCAAGGAAUAUAUACGAAAAGUACUAUUAUUGAGAGGGGUGGCAAGAAAAUUGGUAUUAUUGGGGUCAUUACGUCUACUUGCGAUGAAAUUUCUGACACAGGUAAAUUGAAAUUUUUUCCCGAAUCCGCCAGUGUGAACGCUGAAGCCGAACGGUUGGUAAGAGAAGAACAAGUUUUCACAAUUAUAGUCCUGUCUCAUUCUGGCUACGACGUUGAACAGCAGAUAGCAGCUAAUGCUACCGAAAAAAUCAGUCUCGUAGUUGGAGGGCAUUCACAUACCUUUUUGUACACUGGUGAUAAAUCCCCGGGGCCAGACAUUGUUCAAGGCCCGUAUCCGACGAUUGUGAAAAGUAAACAUGGACAUAAUGUUCUUGUUACGCAGGCUUCAGCCUAUUGCAAGUAUCUGGGAAAUAUAACAGUGUUCCUGGACGAAAGUGGAGAGGUUGUUGAUUAUUCUGGAUCACCUAUAUUUCUGGAUACUUAUUUCGAACAAGAUGAACAGAUAAAUCAAGACUUGGCUCCUUGGAAAGCGGUUGUGGAUGCACAGGGUGAUGUUGUGAUAGGGUCUAGUUUGGUAUCUCUAAGUGUUGAAGGAUGUUAUUACAAGGAGUGCUCUCUUGGAAAUUUUGUAACAGAUGCUAUGGUGUUCGCGUAUUCUCAAUCAGCUCCUAAAGGAUAUUGGACUGAGGCUGCGGUUGGUUUUAUAAAUGCCGGUGGUCUGCGGAGUAACAUACACCCUGGAGAAAUUACUUAUAACGAUCUUGUUACCGCUCAACCCUUUGGGAAUACAAUCGACAUCGGUGAGCUCGAAGGAAAACAUCUGAAAGAACUAUUGGAGCUAACCACUGCUGGUUAUUCUUACGGAAGGGUCUUCAGCAGUUUGAAUUUGCUUCAGUUAUCUGGUUUGCAAGUGGUUUACAACUUAACAAGAUCUUUGAACGAUCGAGUAGUUUCCAUCAAAGUGCGUUGUAACAAUUGCACAGUUCCUGUCUAUGAAGAUCUGGAUAUGGAUAAAUUCUACAAAAUAGUGAUUCCAUCGUUUUUAACGGGCGGAGGCGACGGUUUCAAAGUACUGACUGAUAAUUUGAAAAAUAAGAGAGUAGGAUCAGUUGAUUUGGAAGUUUUCAUGGAUUAUUUGAGACACAGAAAUCCAGUUUUCCAAGAAAUAAGUGGAAGGAUCGUGAUUCAUGGGGGAGACCAAAUAAUAACGAAAAAUAUUGAGUCAUGGUCGUGAAUAAUAAAAUUCGAGCAGUGAUAUAUUUGUAUGACGAAUAUAAUGAAAUAAAUUAUUAGUCCAUUCAUC